AGGUCAUAAAGUAAUAAAAAAGAGGAAGAUGUCUAUCCCUGCUGUUAACUUUUGUUUUGAUUGCAAUUAACACCAUUAGGGAAAUGUCAGUCCAAAGGUCAAUGAGCACAACCCACUCCCACUGUAGUUUACAACCCUCACUCAUUCCAGCAAAGAGAGGACAAAGACAAGCAGCAAGAUGAAGCACCUGUUGUUGUUGGGGAUUGCAUUUGCUACAUUCAACGUCAGCCACACGAAUCCUCCAGAUUACUGUAAUUUGCAGUAUGAUGAAGGUGAAGGCACAAGCUUCACCUUUGCUCUGUAUUAUGACCAUGAGCAGGGUGUGUGCAAUCCUUUCCUAUAUAAAGGCAUGGGAGGAAAUGCCAACCGUUUUCAAAAUGAAAGAGAGUGCAUAAGAAACUGUUCCACCGAUGCAGAGAAUAUCUACCCCACGGAUGUGUCCAAAGCUUGCCACUUCAAAAAGGCCGCAGGUAAAUGCAGUGCUCAGUUACUGAGAUACUACUACGAUUCUGUUCAUGACAAAUGCAAAAAAUUCCUUUGGACUGGAUGCAUCGGAAACGGAAACAGAUUUUUUGACCAAGGCAGCUGCAACUCCACCUGUGCUGGCAUCCAUGAUGAUCGCGAGGAAGAUGAGGAGGAGGAGCCAGAUACUCCUAUUGCAAUCAUCUGUGGAGUUCUGCUUGCAGUCAUUAUUGCCGCCGUCUUAACAACUGUGAUUGUCUUGACCGUUCAGUCAAAGAAAAAGAGCCCCAAGAAGAAUGCAGCAGGGAAAAGUAAAGACCCCCAGUCUGGCACACCUCUUCAGGACAAGGGGAUUGAAAUGGCAUAGAAAGCUGUCACCUCAAUAGCAAUAUGUGGAGUUUUUAUCAGCUGGGUUUUGUAUUAUUAUUAACUCUACUAGUCUUGAUACAAAACUUAUCAAGCGAUUACAACAUUUAUGUUCAGUUCAGAUUUUUUAACUGACAUGUAAUAACUACAAUUUUGUUCAGUUUACUAGUUUGUUUAACUUACAUCAUGUCCAAAGUAAUGUUUCUUGUAUUUUUUCUUUGGAGCUUUAUCAUGUAUUUUCAUUUCGCAACCCCAAUUAAAUCUGAUCAGUCAAAGUGUAAUCAAAAAAUGCCAGAGCUGAAACGAUUAGUCAAUUCAUUGUUUAGUUGAUUUUUCAGCAACUAUUUUGAUAAUUAAUUAAUUAUUUCUUCAAGUCAUUUUUCCAGGAAAAAUGGCAAAUGUUUUCUUUGUUCCAGCUUUUCAGUUGUGAGGAUUUCUGCUUUUAUUUCCUAAUGUGAUAGUAAACUGAAUAUAUUGGGUUUUGGACUAUUGGUUGGACAAAAACCUUUGGGAUCCAUGAAAUUGUGAUUGUCGUUCUCACAAAUUUGAUACAAUGAAUUCAGUCAGCAGAUCAAUUAUUAAUGAAAUUCAUUGUUAAAUGCUGGCCUAAAAACAAACAAAUCAAAACUUUAGGGAAAUAUUUUUACAUUAGAAGCAAGUCCAUGUUUUUUCCUGACAAACACUCAAACAGGAGUAGAACUGCAUCAUUACAAGUUCAGGUACUCAUCUGCUUGUGCACAAUUACCUGAAAUGCUUUUGACAAUGAGGUCUCAGUGUAACUGUUGCAAUGUUUCCAAAAUAUAAGUUAUAUCUCAACAUCACCUGGCUCAAAGAUUUGGUGAAAACUGUCUGAAGUCUUCUGUAGGCACGUACCAGUUCAAAACUCAUAUUUUUAGAACUGUUUGUGAAGUGAUGCCUACUGCACACUAUAAUUAUGUUGACCUGCUCAUCCUUUGUGAAUAUUUUGUUUUAGGCUGUAAACAACUCAACAAAAAAAGUGUCAAAAACAAACUUUCACAUUUUCUCACAUUUAUCCUAAAAUGUGUUACUGUAUUAUCAAAUGCUUGUGCUUUGUAUUUGGGAAAUAAAAGCAGUUUUGAAUAAUCA